CAAAUUAAUAAUCUAAUUGCUCUUGAGAACAUCUCAUACUUUGAGGCGAUGAAAUUAGUCCCAAAAUCAUAUGCUGACAAUCUUCCUGAUAAGGAAGCAGUGAACCCAGUCACCCGUCCAUCAUCUUUCCCCCCCUUGGUGCGUCAGGAAAAGAGGUUCAACUCCCCUCAGGAUGCUACACUAAUAUCCGUCCAGAACAGAAGCUCUCUCCUCCAACCCAGUCACCCAAGAACAUCAUAUUCAACACAAUUGAAACGAAGAAAACUUCCCCAAUCCCCUGGUUACAAUAGGGAAGCCCACAAUAACCAGCUUCUCUCACAAUAGAAACAGAAAUGGGAAUAUUCUUGAACAGUUCCUGCUAUCAAGCGAUUCAUGUCUCCUCAACGACGGAUCUUCUACAAGAGUCACCCCUCCAGAUAAGUCCAGCUCACCAGAUAUUUGUCUCUGCUCCCCUGAUAUUAGGAUCGACGCUUCAUGGGAGGCUCUCCCAGAUCCAGGUGGGAGUGACCACUACCCCACUUUAACCACAAUUAUGGAUCUCAACUUACCUGAAUUACCUCAAAACUUCUUUUCAACCUCCAAAUACAACAUUAAAAAGGCUAACUGGUUGUUGUUCCAGGAACUAAUUAUCCACGAGAUCGAACGACAAGAUAUUCAAGGUCUGGAUGAUAUUCAAGCAAUAAUUUUAUCUGCAGCUGAUCGUUCAAUUCCUGUAAAAAAACACCCUGAAAAACUCUCCAGCUAUAGGGUUCCCUGGUGGGACGACGAGCUAACCACUCACGUAAAAAACAGGUCAGACGCCUAUAAAAAAUACCGCCUCAAUCCCACACUAGAGAAUUACUUGAAUGCAAAACAUAAACAAGCUACAACCAAACGAAAAAUCAGAGAAAAGAAGAAAACAUCCUUCAGAAAGUUCUGUGAGAGCCUGUCAGUAAAAGAUAGUAAAAAUCUUUGGAGAAAUAUCAGAAGAUUUCGCUCUGGAGUCUCCCCAAGCCCGUCAAGACGAGCCUCUCCUUCUUGUGGUAGAGAAAUCCUCUCUAGACUCUUUCCAUCUCCUCAGCUUGAUUUGAACGAAGAAGAUAGAACCCCUCUUAGGAACAUUGAUCCUCCGCCAGUUCCACAAGUGUUGUCUUUUGUACCGCUCCCCCUGCCCCGGAGCUGGAAAAAUACCAACCUCUAAUAGUAUUGAUUGUAUUGUACAUUGUUCUAAGUUCAAAAUAAAAGAUAAUCUAGUUUAACAAAUCUCUCAGUUACAACGAAAUGUUCCAUGUGUAGAUGGCCUCGCUGCCAAGCACAAUAAAAGAA